AUGAUACAACUGAAGCACGUGCAGCCCUCCCAUGAUGGCAGUAACUGCAAACUGUGGAUGAUCCUGACACCCUGUGCCCACCCCGGAGACCCAGCCGUGUGCAAACGGCCCUGCCCCUUGGGAGAAGCCAGAGGUUCUUUCUCUGUCUCCCUCUUUGUGGUUGGCAGAAUAAUGCCCCCCGCCAAAGAUGUCCACAUCCUGACCCCCAGAAUCUACAGAUACAUCACGCGCAAGGGGGUAUUAAGGAUUCCCUGGUGGCUCAGAUGUAAAGAGUGCCUACAAUGCGGGAGGCCUGGGUUUGAUCUCGCGGUCAGGAAGAUCCCCUGGAGAAGGAGACGGCAACCCACUCCAGUAUUCUUGCCUGGAAAAUCCCAUGGAUGGAGGAGCCUGGCGGGCUACAGUCCAUGGGGUCUCAAAGAGUCAGACACGACUGAGCUACUUUACUUUCACAAGGGGAUAUUAAGGUAG